CAGGUAUACCUAGUGGCCGCUUUUACAGAGAUGCAAGUGAAGGACUUUUACGUGUCAGCUCCUGGAAAGGCGAUCCUACACGGAGAGCAUGCAGUGGUUCACGGAAAGGUGGCUCUAGCUGUGAGUUUGAACUUGAGGACAUAUUUGCAAUUGAAAGCCACCACUACUGGCAAGGUUUGCAUCAACCUGCCCAAUAUCGACGCAUUCCUCUGCUGGGACCUUUCACAGCUGAAGCAGCUUGUUCCUUAUUUCUGUGGUAAGAGGGACGAGGUGCAACGUCUGGAUGCUGAACUUGUGAAGAGACUGCGGGAAUUUAUUGGUGUAACCAAUGGAAGCUUGGAUACUUGCAACAUGGCCACCCUAUCCUUCCUUUACCUCUACACCUCGCUGUUUGGAUCAGGUGAGCUGCCCAGUUUGACGGUGUCUGUGUGGUCGGAGCUGCCGACCGGAGCAGGACUGGGGUCAAGUGCCGCCUACUCUGUGUGUUUAGCCGCAGCUCUGCUCUAUGCAAACGGAUCCAUCCCCCCUCCUCUCAAAGAGUGGGAACACACCGCCAGGUGGUGUCAGGAGGACCUGGAGCUAAUCAAUAGUUGGGCUUUCCAAGGGGAGAUGAUCAUCCACGGUAAUCCUUCAGGAGUGGACAACGCUGUAGGAACGUGGGGCGGCAUGCUCAGAUUCUUGGCUGGAAAGAUAAUACCACUGAGCAGGGUGCCAUUAUUAAGAAUCCUCCUCACUAAUACCAAAGUACCACGAAGCACCAAGGUACUUGUUGCCGGUGUGAAGGACAAAAUUAACAAGUUUCCAUCCAUCAUGGGCCCCGUUCUUGACUCAGUUGAUGCCAUUUCCUGCACUUGUGAGAAGGUCCUCUCAGAGAUGACCUGUGAGCCCAUCACAGGAGAGCAUUACAAUAUUCUAGAGGAGCUCAUUGAUAUCAACCAGCACCAUCUGAAUGUGAUGGGUGUGGGGCACCCUGCCCUGGACACACUGUGCCAGGUCACAUUGGCCAAAGGGCUCCACAGCAAGCUAACAGGUGCAGGAGGAGGAGGCUGUGGCAUCACGCUUCUGAGACCAGAAACCGACUCCCUGAUUGUCCAGAGUACAGUGCAAGAUUUGAGAGACUGUGGCUAUGACUGCUGGGAAACGAGCAUUGGUGGGCCAGGUGUCCAGCAGCACUCUCCCAUCGCCAUUAAAGAGGAAAUCCUGGAGAUUUUAAAUCACUACUAAGACUGACCUGUGGCAGUGGCUGCAAGAGAACAGAUGUAGCAGUGGACUUUUUUUUAUCACCUCAAGACCUGAGGUAUACUGAACUAAUAAAGUUGGCAGAAUGGACCAAGGAGCAUUUCAAUCUGGGCAGAGUUGGACUGAGGUUAAAAGUUUCCUGAAUGGGGGGGACUAAUCUCAAUGUUUAAAGCUAUGAAGAACAAUUAACUAUGUGUUGUGUUUUGGGUGACGGUUCUCAUUCAGUCUAAAUGUAUUAAGGGUUAACAGCAUGUGUACUGACUUCUAAGUCCAGUAGGUGGCAUCAGAGUUGCACAAAUGCUUUUUAUGAAAGGGGAUCUGCAGAAGACAGCUCUCAUAAAAUUGACCGAUGUGGAAGUGAAACACUGGUAGGAUUAAGUUACAUUUUCUUCCAAAUGUUUAAAGCAGUAGGCGCCAGCAUAUUUUAGUGUAUUUUAGUGUACUCUCUUGGCAUUGCAGCAUGUAAUAUUGCUGGGAAUGAAGGUGAGACAUUAUUUUACAGGAUAUAUUCAAGGAAAGUGAGACUCACAUAUCAGACUUGACUUUCAUUAAUUAUUAUUAAGGCAGAUGCAAACCAUUUUGAAACGAGCUUCUGAAUCCCACCACGUGCUGCUGCCUUGCUCUUUAAUUUUGCUUUGCAUAAAACGUGCUAAAAUGCAGAAUUUACUGUGAUUUCAGUUGUGCUUCUUUCUGAGAGCAUCUUUAAUUUCUCCAGCAGUUUGGUAAAAUGUCAGUAAUAUGCUCUGUUAAUUUUUCCAGUGCAAGACUAACCGGCUGCGUUGUUUUGCUAAUACAGAAGGGGGAAAGAGGGAAAGCAGGAGUGUGUGGCUUUCUCUGGAGCCUCUGGAUUAGCACUACUAUAAUAUGAAUCAAUGACGAGUGUCCUUCUGAGUCACAUGUUUGUGCUGACAUACACACACACACACACACACACACACACAAACCAGCUUUCCCAAAUUCUUCUCCACCUAAUCGCUCCCUUGAAAGCAUUACAGAGUAUUCUGCAAAUGCCGCAGAUAGAGAAGACGGAUCUGUUUAGAAUUUCCCUGAUUUGCGGAAAAGGUCAUUGGGGGAUUCAGUUGAGUCUGAAUAUCUAUUUCAUUUUAUGUUUUUCUUCUUUUUUUUUUUUUUUUAAAUGUCACAAAGAUUGAGUAGUACAAAUCUGGCAGUGUACGUGAAUAUACGACAUUUGUCACCCUCCCUCCUUUUCUGCCUGGCGCCCCCUCUGUCCUCUUGAAUUGUGUCAUCUUUGUCAGGGCAGCCCCCCGUCAGCAUGCCGCACAGUUGCCCCUAACCCCUGCUGGAAUUUAAUUACCACUGCGCUUUUCAAUUGAAAUGGCAUUGACGAGGGGGGACAAGAGGGAGACAACGGAGCCAGUUUUAUUUGAAGCCCCUCUCUUUCUUUUCUGUCUCAUUCUCUUUCGCUCCUUUUACCCCUGCGAGGCACAGAUGGUAUUUUUUUUAUAUCAAUGUCAGCGCCUGCUUCUUUCUGCUCUGAUGAAUAGAAUCUAAGGAGGGCCUAAGAUGAUUUCAGAUAACAGAGGGAGUGAGGAAGGGGGUCAAGGAUAGAAGGAGAAUGUCAGAAUUAGACAGAUACAGUGGAAAAACGUGCGCUGUCCCUGGAGCAAGGGGCGAGAUGUACAAACCAUUUAACAUUUAACAUUUUGGGGGGUUUUAGGGAGUUUUGUCUGUGUGGAUCAAUGUGAUAGAAUCAAGGAUGAAUAAUUCAUUCUCUCCAAGCAGGAGGAAUGAAAUGCUAAAUGUGAAUUUGCUGAGUGGUCAUGCACACUGUGGCACAUUCCCUCUGGUCCCCUGUCGACUGGUGAAAUGCUUGUCAGGAGCCAUUAAGUUUGAAUACAGAAUUAGACCUGACUGACAAGAUAUCAUGUUGAUGUCGACUCGUUUUGCCAAUGGGGAUUUAGUGUAUGACUUUCCACAGGGAACGUCUGCAUUUGCAUGUAUAGGAUCACAAUUUUUAUUAUGGAAAACUUCUUGUGCUGAUUGAAUUGUAUGUCUUGAUAUCUGUAAAAGGGGAUGUGGAAUUGGCCACAGCAGGAAAGAUCUGUGAAACCAUCCUCUUCCCACCAUUCAUAUGAAUACAAUGACAGAGGCAGAAUCAGCAUCAUGAUGAUCCUCUCUGUCAUGAUGAGCUGUAGGAUCCUCUUGGGAGUGUUUGCCCUUUCGCUAAGUGGGGGUCGGUGGCCGGUGUUCUCAGCAGGGGUCCGAUUAAGACAGCAUGGUACAGGAGCGCUGUCAAAGAGGAUCCAGUUUUUACAUUCAGCGAUAUGUCAGGCAGUCUUUUUUUUUUUUUUUUUUCAUUAUUGAUACAAUAUCCCACGGCAUAAUUAAUAACAGUUUGUAACUACAGUGCUAAUUGUUCUGCUAUAACCUAUAACCUGUGUUUGCAAAUUUUGAAAGUGUGAAUGUACUGGCUGAGUCUGCUUUACGUGUGCUAUGCAAAAUUUUAGCAUUUAAUCAUCAUUCAGUGGUUCUGACUCGAGGGAACAGAAACUGCUGUUUAGCAAAACUUACUGUGCCACUGGAAUGUAAAUUUUAGGAAUUUUUUUAGGACUUCCCUAAACUUUUAACCUGUGAACACUCGGGGAUGGGGAGAGUUUUGUUUUCUUUUUAAUUGAAAUGAUCUUAAAGGGUCUGAAGAAUAGGAAUUAUUCUGCUCAACCAAUCAAACAAGCAAACAAAAAAAAACAGUUUACAGCCAUGCAUGACUCUGUGAGUCUGCCCAAAAUAUUUCACAAUUCCCAUAAAAAAAACGAAAACCAUACUUGACUUAAAUUUAAUUGGGCUGUUUUCCCCUUCAAGGCUGUCUCCUUGUGCAACACUCCCACAUCUCCUGUUAUGUUUGGAGAACUCCCUGGAAAUCCCAUUGUGCCUUUUUGAUUUCACCAUGGGCUUCAAACUUGUGCAAAGAGCAAACUUCAUUCUCAAACCCAACCUUCAUGUCAAGGGUAAUCAGUGGUGAUGAGAGCUUGUGGCUCUCCAGCUAUGACCCUCAGACCAAAUAGCAGUUUUCAGAGGAACGGUCCAGUUUGCUAGCCUGAAGGUGGCAUAUCAGGUCAGGAGCAUGCUUGAAAUUUUCUUCAACCUUCACAGGGUUGUGCACCUUGAAUUCAUCACCCAGGGCCAGACUGUCAUCACUGCAUUCUACUGUAAUGUCCUGAGGCCUCUGAGUUAGAACAUUCAGUGUAAAAGACCUAAACUGUUUUGUAUGCCAUCAUGAGCCAGUCAGCUAUUUAUGGUCAAGCCAGUACGAGUGUUGCUCACCACCCAGCUUACCGGCCAGAUUUGUCCUCUGCCAUGAAAUAAAAUUAAAUACACAGAUCAGAAAGAGUUUCAAAAAGCAAUUCAAAUGGAGAAGGAGCAGUGUAACCUUUUAUAAAGGGAGACUUUGAAGGGGCUAGCAUAGCAGCAGAGCAGUGCUUAAUGAUAAUAUUAGCAUGCUAACAUGCUUGUGCUAAUAUUCUGAUGUUUAUAAAGUUUAUCAUGUUUACCAUCCCAGUUUAGCAUGCAAAACAUUGCUAGUCAGCAUUAAACACAAAGUAGAGCUGAGGCUUAUGAUGCUGCAGGUAUUUUAUAUUUAAAUUUCCACUUUAAAAAAUUUCCCUGAAUAGUUUUUAAUCAAAGCUACAAGUCUGGCAGCCUUCGAUGUCUGCUCAGAGUGUUCAAAGUUUAUUGAGUAUAUUACAGUGUGGAAGUCUCAAUUUUCUUGCACCAUUUGGAUGGCAGGGUCAGAAUUUGGUGUAAAUGACAUGAAAGCAUGGAUCCAUUAGUAUCAGUGGUUCAGGCUGCUGGUGGUGCAAUAAGUGCUGGAUAUUUUCUUGGCACACUUUGGGCCUCUUAUUGUCAGCUGAGCCUUGUUCAAACUCCACAGCCUACCUGUGUAUUGUUGCUGAUCAUGUCCAUCUCUUUAUGACCACAGUGCCCCCAUGGCAUGCCAAUAUGGACCAAAAUCUCUGCAGUUCUGAAGGCAAAAGGAAGGGAAAAUAUAUCAAUUAGCAUGUGUAGGCCUAUUUUGAAACAGAGUAAAUAUAAAGCUAUGCAUGCCACUGCAAAUCCUACUUGUGUUUGUGCAAAUGAAUAACAUUAAAACCUCUUUUAUAAUAAAUAAAAUGUAUAGCAGCCUAAGCUAGCAGCUUUAAAAUAAAUAAAUAAAUGCAUAAAAAUUGGACAUUAGACAAUUUGGAUUUUGACUACAGUCCAGCUGCAGAUCAAGCAUAUGGGUAAGCUGGCAGUUUUGGCAGUGAAAACCAUAAAAAUCUGUCCACGCACUGUUAAAUUCUCUAUUUUCAGACACAACUUUUAUUUGGGGGAUUUGUCAUCCAUAGCUAGGGGGACUCAGUGUAAAUAUCAGUGAUAGCCAAGGUUACCGGGGAUUGGCUAAAUGAAAGCGAUAAGAUGCCUGUUGAUAGACAGACUAAAAUCCAUAUUUUGGUUGAUAAAAUAUUAAAUUAUUUUUUAAUGUCAUAUCUAUGCACAUAACAUUACACAUUCUUAUAGUCUGAGAGUGUAAAGAAUAAAAUAAAAUGUAAAACAAACAAACAAAAAAAACCCCCAAAAGCAACCAUUGCUUAAUUCCAUAUUUAUAUUCAUGUAUCUUUUUUGUCAGAGCCACAAGUGAGCCACUGCAGAUGAAUAAAAGAGCCGCAGGUUUGACACAACCUGUUUCUAACUGUCCUUAAAGUAGACAAUAAUAUUUCAAGAGAGGUUUCCACCUGGAGAAUCUGUUUGGUCUACAACAAGACUUCUUUCAUGCCUGUGAAAUGGGUCCACGGCUACAGACCUGCUUGAGCUGUUUUAUUGUAAACAUCUGAAACACAUGACGCAAAGCAGCUCCAGUCCACGUCUCAGUUUCCAUCAUGGAAUUGUAUCAUGUCGUAGUAUUGAUCCUGUAAUUGAUCCUGUGAAGUCGAGGGCACCUGUACGUACUCUGUCAUCCCUCAGUGCCAGGAGCGCUCUUGUUUAAUUGCAGGCUAAGGCGCUGGUUUUUCAUGUUGCCUUUGAAAAGCCUCAUUGAUUUUUAUACCACCCUUCAUCCUUGCUGUGCUCCGUUUUAAGAGCAAAUCCCUUGUGUCGAAGUUGCCCUGAAUGUAAAAGUAUGAAAUCUGUCAGCGCUUUUCACAAGGCUUCCAGGUGUUAUCCAGACACGUUAACACUCGAGUUUAAAAAAAGAGUUGGCUUUCUUUUUUCUUUCUCUCUUCUCUUUUUUUUUUUUUUUUUUUUACAUUUUUAAACAGAGAAAGGAAGAAAAGAAGCUGUGUUACAUGCUAGUUGGGCUCAUAUGGGGCCGGAUGAAUGUGAGGUUGUGUUGGAAGCACUCUGCUUAGACUGGUAAGGUCAAGGUUUGUAACUCUGCCUGUUUGUAUUGCUUGAAUGGAAAAAAAAAGGCACAUCUAGUAUU